UUUAUGCCAUAAAUCACAUGACCUGCUAGACGUGACAUCAUUUCCUUGGAGGGAAAGCAACUCCAAGAACAAAACACAGACGAUGGCCACUGGAGAGCUGGUUCCCACACACUUCCCAGCGCGGCGGGCGGCUCAAGUGGCCCUGCAUCACCUGAACACACACCACGGCUCGCCCUUCAGGGUGUUCGGCCUGCAGCGGGUGCACACGGCCACGGCGGAGGACCAGGUUGUGGGAACCGGAGGGAGGAAGUACAGCCUGGAUUUCUCCGUGACGGACUAUGGAAGCUCGGGCUCAGUGCUGCGCUGCUCAGCGGACGUGUUGUUCCCCCGGACGGAGACACACACACACACUCCUCCGGAGGUGCAUCUGCGCUGUGAGGAUCUGACACAAAUCAGCAGCUCGCCGGAGGAACUCGCUUUCUACCAGAAACACACACCGCCUCACAGCGCCGUCUCUGCGCAUGACCUGCCAGACAGCUAUGGGAACAUCAGUCAGGACAUGCAGCCGUUCUGGCAUCUGGCUCGUGUGGCUGCGUCCUUCAUCAUGCUGAGAGAGUCCAGCGAGAACACCGAGUAUAACCUGGCACAGGUGGCCAACCUCACACAGCAGGAGACGAGCGAGAAGCAGCUGAUGCUGAAGUACCACGUUCUCCUUCAUGACAUCGUCUCACAGGAGAUCAUCCGUUGGAAGCUGUUAUGCUCCUGGUCUCCUGAGGGGGGCGUCAGAGUGCUGGAGACCGAGUGGCUUCCCAAGUGCCCUCAUGAGACCGGCCCGCCAACAGCAGACUGAGCGCACACACACACACACACACACACGCUGUCUGUUCACGCAUCAACACUAAUAAACAGAGAGAAAU